AUCCCAUCCGCAGGAGAAGCGUUGCUCUGGCCUGUGCCCCUGCGCCCCCCCUGGGCCUGUCUCCUCAUGUGCCCCCGCGCCCCAGGGCCUCCGGUCCCCACCGGGCGGCGAGCCUGAGCUUGGGAGCGAGCUGCCCUUCGGCUCCCCGGAGAGAAAUCCAGGCCUUUGUUUGGCUCCAGCUGCCCAGUUCCCUGCUGCCUGCCACAUGUUUACUCAAGGGCUGAGUAAUUGAAAUUGUCUAGAGCACCUCGUGUUGCCCCUGACGACACAAUCAGGAGAGAGGGUUCCGGCUGCGGGAGGCAGGGGAGGGCUCUGCUCCCCCGCUCCCACAUCCUCCCAGGAGCCCAGAGCCCCCAGGGCCUCUCCACAGGUAGAUCCCUGCCCCUCCCCUGGAUACCCGAUGUGACAGCCAGCUCCUUUCUCAGCCCCCUCAAACCAUGGCCGACACCAUCUUUGGCAGUGGGAAGGACCAGUGGGUAUGCCCCAAUGAUCGACAGCUUGCCCUUCGAGCCAAACUGCAGAGUGGGUGGUCAGUGCAUACAUACCAGACAGACAAACAGAGGAAGAGCCAGAGCCUCAAUGCUGCCGAGGUGGAGGCCAUCCUGGAGGUGAUCCAGAGGGCUGAGAAACUGGACAUUCUGGAGCAGCAAAGAAUUGGGAAGCUGGUCGAGCGGCUAGAGAACAUGAGGAAGAAUGUGAUGGGGAACGGUCUCUCCCAGUGCUUUCUGUGUGGGGAGCCCCUGGGCCUCCUAGGCAGCGCCUCGGUCUUCUGCCAGGACUGUAAGAAGUCUGCAAUUGGACAGUUCAUUGCUUCCUUUAAAAGUCAGACCAUUUCCUCUGAGAAAGUCUGCACCAAAUGUGGGAUUGAGACAUCCAGCAGUCAGAAGCGGACUCUGUGGUUGUGUAAGAUAUGCAGUGAGCAGAGAGAGGUCUGGAAGAGGUCCGGGGCAUGGUUCUACAAAGCACUGCCCAAGUACAUCCUGCCACUGAAGAUACCGGGCCAAGCCAGUGAACCCCACUUCAGACUCCCCCCUAUAGAACCUCCCAUGAGUGACCCAAGGAGCAUCGGCAUCGGUAGAUCCUACACAUGGGCCCGAGGGAAAGUGGUUUCUAGUGACAGUGACAGUGACUCCACCUUGAGCUCUUCCAGCCUGGAAGACACUGGGGACAAGAGUUUGAAAGGUGGCAGCAGUGACCUUUCCAGAGCAGCCCAAGGCCAGGCUCUGCCUCCCAGCCACCCCUCGGAGAGUGGGACCAGCCUUGGCAGUGAGGCUGGGGGUGUCCAAAGUGGCCCAGAGAGUGGCCCAGGAGAGCCGCAGGGGGAUGGCUCUGACAGCGACAGUCACAAGGCUCCCAGCAAGAGGCACACCUGGAUGAGUCCUCGUUGAUGAUGCAGGCAAAGGAACCCAUCGUGGCUUUUGUCAAGGACGCCCACACACUGGACUUUUCUGUGGAACACACACACACACACACACACACACACACACACACGCACACACACACACACACACCCCAGGCCCUUUGGGACCUGUGAACUUUUUGUUUACCAAGCUGCCUUGAGGAUUUGUUCUCAGGGGGAACAGGAUCAGCCUUUCCUCAGCCCUGAUGGACCCUGGCUACUCCGUAUGACGGUAACCAGGGCAGUCCUGUACCCACUUCUGACAGCUACUACCCACUCCCAAGAACAACUGAGCUAAUUCUGAUGAUGGACAGCUUGAAGAGGAAGGUGUGGCCAGCUGCCCUCAUCUCCUCUCCUCUUUCCUUAUUGGCCAAUGGGAACUGGUCUAUCCUUUGCCUGAAGAGCCCCUGUCCAGAUGUUGGUGCUGGGUCUUCUGGGGUGGAAGUGAGAGGUUAAUAGGAAUGGGAUGAGGCUAGACCAUAGUUAGACCACUGCCUUCACUGUCCUGUCUCCAUCCCACUUGGGAAGGGAGCUCUGCCUGAAGAUUCAGUCUGUCUCUUUAUAUUUUUUAUUUGGUUCUCCCCCUCCUACCUCCUACCCUCAAACCCUUUGCCCAGAAUGAAGAGGCUUUCAAACCAACUCAAUGAGAGGAGGGGUCCACCCACUGCUUUUGGAAGCGGGCCAAGGGCAAUAGCUGUCUCCUUAGGGUAAGGAAAACACAUCUGAGCGCUAGUGAUGAAUUCAAUGAACUUGGUCUGAAGAGUGAGGAGAGGGUCCAGGUGAGCCUGCAGAUUUACCAGCUUUUGCUGUUAGUAAGGGGCUAGAAGCUGCUCCCCGCCCCCACUCUCUGGGCUGCCAGGGAGAGCUCUCUUUGAAGCUCCCUCCUCUCCCUUGGUCAGGUUGAUUAAAAUUCCUCAGCUCCCCUUUCCUGCAUCGAGUUUCCUGAUUAGUCUCACUUCAGCCGGAGUCAAAGACAACCACUGGGUGUGUGGUGGCGCUCAGGAAUGAAUAGCAGAGAUUUCUCCUCCUCAAUAGCCAGCCUUGGCCUUAUUCUCUUGCCAAGACACGUGGGUCCCAGAAGCCAUCAGUUCAUUUUCUUCAGAAGAUUCAGCUUGGCAUAGAAAAUGCCAGAUUUGCAGGGGCUGGCAAACUCUUUUGGAAAACUCCACCCCAGUGAGAUGCUUUGGGGGUGGGUGCCUUGGGGUUUUUUCCCUUCUUUGUGUUAAUGUCAGCACAUUAUCUGUUUCCUCUUGUUCUUCUCUGAGUACUGGGUUUGAGGACUGCCACCCCACCUAUAGGCUAGUCUGGGGUUGGGGGGGGUUCUAAGCUUUCCUUCUCUUGUUGGAGCAGUGGAACUAGGGACAGAAACCUGCUGUUUCACUGUGAUGAGGUAUCUUUCAGGAAGAAAACAAUAAAAAACUAGAAUUUGCAUCAAG